AUGGCAUCCAUGCGCCGAAUAAAAAUCUUCGGACUACUCGUCUUCAUCGCCGUCGUCUCUCUACUAUUCUACACGGCGUCGCUCCGUCAACAACGCAAUGUUGUAGCCGGCGGAGGCGAUUUCUAUACCAAGACUAUGAAUGGAUUGGGAAAACAAGAGGUGGCAGAGGCAGGACAUGGAAGAAAUGAGGAGGAUGAAAAGGUAGCAAAAGAGAUGGCACAGAGGUUGAAGGAUGCAGCUGAUAAGGCGAAGGAUAAGGCGAACGCGAAGGCUUUUAAACCAGAUCCGCCGAGUCAGGUUGUAGGAAAAGGGAACGCGGCGGAGGGGCAGACUGGAGAGAGAAGUGUAGCGGGGAGGAAGAAAAUUGGCGGGGAGAAGGGAGCGCAGGAGGUAGUUAAGGAGAAGGAUGCCGAGGAGACGAAGGAAGAUUUAGAAGUCAAGGCGGAGUUGAAUGCCAUUUUGAAGAAGUCGCCGAUAAUCAUCUUCUCCAAAUCCUACUGCCCACACUCCCAACGCGCCAAAACCAUUCUCCUUGAACAUUACACCAUCGAUCCCCUUCCCUACGUGGUCGAACUCGAUGAACAUCCCAUCGGAGGUAAAUUACAAGCGCGAUUAGCGCAGCUAACGGGACGAAGAACGGUGCCAAAUGUGUUGAUUAAUGGGGUGAGUAUUGGAGGGGGUGAUGAUGUGGCGGAGUUGGAACAGAAGCAGACGCUGGCCGAAAAGGUCAAGGAUUUGGGCGGGAAAAAGAUUUUGGAUGUCAAAUUGAAUGGAGAUAAGAAUUUGUGA